UCUACAUUUCGCUUGAAGCUCUGUGAUGUGGCAUGUCACUUGUGGAACGCAGGUUCACCCCAGAACCUGUCCUGAUCAGGCCUAGUGCAGGCUGUACCUGCCCUUGAUCGAGGUCGAGGACGCCACUCAUUCUUUCCAUCCGACACAACAAACUCUUCGUGACAGAUAUUGAUGGAGCUCGCGAACGGUCCUCAGCAUAAAGACGCACCUAUCGGUCAAGAUGUAGAGCAUGCAGGAAUUCGGCUACGCACAUAUCAGGCUGAGAUGCUUGAAGCGAGCCUCAGAGAGAAUGUUAUCGUAGUCCAGGACACAGGCAGCGGCAAAACCCAUAUAGCUCUAGCCCGGACAGCUGCGGAGCUCGAAACCUGCGAUUCUAACCAGCUCGUAUGGUUCCUCGCCCCCAACAUAGCACUCUGCGAACAGCAAUUCAAAGUCUUCAAGUCAAGCCUUCCAGCGUAUGAGACACAACUCCUUACUGGGAAUGAUAAUGUCGACCACUGGACUGACCAAAGGACCUGGGAUGCCGUGCUUGCUAAUGUCCGUAUUGUGGUGUCUACGCAUAAGGUCCUUCUUGAUGCAUGCGAUCAUGGAUUCGUGCGAAUGAGCAAGCUGGCUCUACUUAUAUUCGACGAAGCACAUCACUGCACUGGAAAUCAUCCUGCCAAUGUAUUAUUGGCUGGUCACUAUUUACCGAGACUUCGAGAGGGCGUGUAUCUGCCUAAGAUACUUGGGCUCACCGCGAGUCCAGUGAUGAAAGCGAAAGUAAAUGACGAGGCACUAGAAGUGAUUGAGAGAAAUCUCAAUGCGAUCACAAAAACACCGAAGAUACAUCGCUCUGAGCUUCUUCGCUUUGUGCAUAAACCGCAGCUCAUCCGAAUUAGUUAUGCCCCCACUGUCGAGAUGGUUUCUCCUAUUUUCGCAGAGCUAAGUUCGCAGCUCAUGAACUACGACAUACACAGUGAUCCCUACGUUUUGGACUUGCUUGACAACCCCAUCAAGUACCACAACGCUAAAAAGAAGUUGGAAUAUGCAUACUUCAAGCAUGAAACUUACAGCUUCAACGAAUUGAAGACUCUGAAGACCAAAUAUGAGGCCACUGCAGCAGAGCUAGGGCCCUCUGUAGCCGAUUGGUGGUUACAACAGAGCAUCGCCCGGUUUCGGAAGCGUUCGCGUGAGAUCCACUCCUCUGGUCAACUACUCGAUUGGACUCACGCGGAGAUGGAACACCUCCAGAAAAUUCUCGGUCGACUUCCCUUGCCAACGGACUACGCCUUUAGACCCAUGUCGCUUAACAAAUUGUCAAACAAGGUCGAAGCUUUAGUUGAUCUUCUCGCAUCCGAAGCCAACCCCGGCUUGACAGGUCUCAUCUUUGUGGAGCAAAGAGUCUGGGUUGCCGCUCUGGCCGAAAUCAUUUCGAUUCACCCAAAGCUACAGGGUAAGCUCAACACAGGGACAUUUGUGGGAAGUUCUGUGUCAUCAAAGCGGAAGUCCAGCAUCGCCACCAUGAUCGAACCAAAGAACCAGCAGGAUACCCUGGAUAAACUCAGAAGCGGGGACAUAAACUUGAUCAUUGCGACUACCGUCUUGGAAGAAGGCAUCGAUGUGUCAGCUUGUCAUCUUGUUAUUUGCUUUGAAAGUCCCAAGAACCUCAAGUCGUUCGUGCAGCGCCGUGGGCGGGCAAGAAGAAUGGAGUCAAAGUACAUCAUAUUCUCGCCGGGCGGAGUAGGUGAUCGAGCUCCAUCAUCGUGGGAGAAGCUUGAGCAAGAGAUGAGAAACGCAUAUGAAGAUGAUCUGCGUCGCGUGAAAACUGCUGAGCAAAGGGAAAUGGUUCAUGAAGUGGGUGAGCGGUUCUACCGAGUCGCAAGUACCGGCGCUUUACUUACGCUCGAAAACGCCAUACCACAUCUCUAUCACUUCUGUGCUCUCCUCAGCUCCGAUCCGUAUGUUGAUACCAGGCCACAGUUUGGGUUCGAGGACGACAAAGGUAACAUCGCAGCUGAAGUCACACUCCCGCUUGCCGUCGAUCCCGCAUUGAGAGUAGUGCGUAGCCUGCAAACCUGGAGAACAGAGCGCAUGGCCGCGAAAGAUGUGGCAUUUGAAGCGUACAAGAUGCUCCAUGAAAGUGGGCUGGUAAGCAACAACCUUCUGCCGGUGAAAGAAGAAGAGGAUGCCGUGGCCGCAGAGUUCCAGAAAUCGGACCGAACCGCUUCGAUGAUCGAAGUAGCCCCUACCCUCGAUCCCUGGCAUCGCAUCGCGACUUCCUGGGAGCAAGACCAGCACAGGUAUUAUCGCACAACAUUGGAGUUCCAGGGCAUGCAAGAGCAAACUUUCUACAUGAACUUCUACCUUACUGUGCAACUGCCAGUUGUACCCGACUUCACUUUGUUCUGGAAUGAAUCUAAGCGCAUAACCGUAAGAAGUCAUAGGCAACCGGAAGUCGCACUGUCUGACAAUGAACUCUCUACAAUGCGUUACAUCACUCAAAAGAUUCUGAAUUCAGCUCAUGGCACACGCAUCGAUCAGUCACGCUGCGAUUUUCUCUGGCUUCUCGUUCCGACUGAUGCGUCCCAAUCGAGCUGGGGUCUUGACAAACUCUUGAAAUGGAAAUUCGAUACAGAUGGGUGUUUAGAAGCUUCAAUCGUGUUGAGCCAACGCACGACCGAUCUAAAUCAAUGGGGCCAAGUCAAGGUCCAAGGCGAUGAGCGGAAUUGGCUGCCGAGAUCCAUCGAUUUGCCCACUGCAGACUCUACUUCCGGACAAACAGCCAAGCUACGUGUCUCAAGGGUCCCCAAGCGGCGCGAUUUUCUGUACCCAGUGCCAAAAAGCCAGCGGCAAAACGAGGCUUAUACGAGGAUAGAGGAGUUUCCUCUAUCUGAGUGCCUCGUGGACAUGGUUCCAGUUGCCUAUCUUGUCUGCGCCUUGCUGAUGCCAGCAAUUCUGUAUCGCUACGAAAUGUACAUGACGACAAAUACACUACGCCAGGGUCUCCUUGCUCCCUUAGCAUUCGACGAGGUGGAGGAUCUGCCUCUACUGGUCCAGGCGCUGACAUCUUCGAGUACGGGGGACAUUGCUCAUUAUCAAAGACUCGAGUUCUUUGGCGAUUGUAUUGUGAAAUUCAUCUCCUCUGUUCACCUUAUGGCAAGUCACCUGAGGAAGCCCGAAAGCUUCCUCACGGGAAGGAAAGGCAAGAUUGUUUCGAAUGGCUUCUUCGCGCGCGCAACCCUUGCCUGCAGCCUUGACAAAUUCAUCAUCCGUAAACGCUUCACAGGCGCAAAAUGGAGACCUCGCUACGCCGGUGAGGUGCUCUACGAUGACACCCCACCCGCCCAAUCCAAUAUCUCCUCUAAAAAUCUGGCCGACGUCAUCGAGUCCCUCGUUGGCGCCUCCUACCUCAUUGGUGACUUCCCCAAAGCCCUCACCUGCAUGCAGACGCUCCUUCCCCUCGAACCUUGGACCCCCGUCCCAGACGCAAACCGCAUCCUCUACGAGGCCGUCCCCGCCGGCGUAAUCAUCACCAGCCUCACCACCGUAGAAAUGCUCAUCGGAUACACCUUCAACAAAAAGCUGGCUCUCUUGGAAGCUCUAACGCAUGCAUCAUACAAAGGCCCACUGGUAAAUUGUUCCUACGAGCGUCUCGAAUUCCUCGGGGAUGCAGUGCUGGACUACAUCAUCUCACGCCGGCUCUACUCGCACACGCCUGAGCUCGGACAUGCUAAGAUGCACGGGAUUCGCACUGCUAUGGCGAAUGCGGCGUUCCUAACGUUUAGAAUGUUCGAGACAACAGUGCCGGAGGAGCGCACGAUACCCCCGGACAUGCACAAAGAGGUGCACCAUCGGUGUCUAUGGCAAUUUUUGCGGUCUGAUACUGCAGCGCUGGUGGCUACGCGGGAUGCAGCGAUCGCGCAGUAUGAUGCUGCGAAGGAUGCUAUCAGGCAUGGUUUACAGCAUGAAGUUGUGUUUCCGUGGCAUAUCCUUGCGUUGACGGACAGUCCUAAAUUCCUUUCCGACAUUGUUGAGUCGGUGCUUGGGGCUAUCUACGUAGAUAGCCAGGGCGAUAUUGACGCAUGCGAAGUAUUCGUUGGAAAUUUUGGUAUUCUGGGUUGUCUAGAGAGGAUUCUGAGAGAUGGAGUCGAUUGCUUGCAUCCGAAGGAGCGACUGGGGAUUCUUGCGGUCGAGAAGGACGUGCAGUAUGUUGCGGUGAGUGAAGAUGAGGCGGUUAGCGGCGCGAAGAGGAAGCACAGGUGUCAGAUUCGGGUUGGAGGGGUGGAUGUGGGCGGUGUGGUGGAGGGUGUCAAGAGGUUGAAUGCGGAGACUGUGGCGGCGUGGGAGGCCUGCAAGGUGUUGAAGGAGAGGAAGGAGAUGGUAGGGGACGCGAAUGAGGAUGUGGGUAUGGAGGGGGUGGCUGAGCCGAGUGAGGAUGAGGAGUGGUUUGAUGCCGAGGAGGGAGGGAUAAAUUUGAGUGACGAAUAG